UGGCUUUAGGCUGUGCCUUUGAGGGGAACACAAACUCUCAGCUGGAGGUCCAGCAAGCAGUGCCUCAUGCACCCAGAAAUGGCUGUUACCUGGGGACAUCCUCCCUGCAUGGCUCAGACUCACUUGCCACUGACUUGCCUUCUUUGCUGUUCUUUUCCCAGUCCUCAGUAUGCUCCAAGAUCGUCCAGCUGCUGGGCCAGAAUGAGGUGGACUACCGCCAGAAGCAGGUGGUGAUCGUGAGCCAAGACAGCUUCUACCGCGUCCUCACCUCAGAGCAGAAAUCCAAAGCACUCAAAGGCCAGUUCAAUUUUGACCACCCAGAUGCCUUUGACAACGAGCUGAUUGUGAAAACGCUCAAAGAGAUCACAGAAGGGAAGACGGUCCAGAUUCCUGUCUAUGACUUUGUCUCCCACUCCAGGAAAGAGGAGACGGUGACUGUCUACCCUGCCGACGUGGUGCUCUUCGAAGGCAUCCUGGCCUUCUACAGCCAGGAGGUGCGGGAUCUGUUCCGCAUGAAGCUUUUUGUGGACACAGAUGCAGAUACCCGGCUGUCCCGCAGAGUGCUACGAGAUAUCAGUGAGCGAGGCAGGGACCUCGAGCAGAUCUUAACUCAGUACAUCACCUUCGUCAAGCCUGCCUUUGAAGAGUUCUGUUUGCCAACCAAGAAGUAUGCUGAUGUGAUCAUUCCCAGAGGAGCAGAUAAUGAAGUGGCCAUAAACCUCAUUGUGCAGCACAUCCAGGACAUUCUUAAUGGAGGACUCAGCAAACGCCAGAGCAACGGCUACCUGAAUGGCUACACUCCUCCUCGCCAGCGGCAGCCCUCAGAGUCCAGCAGCCGGCCUCACUGACGGCAGUGGCAGCGUGAGGCUGGGGCAGAGGGCGCUUGGGCCCUGCUGCUGCCCCUCUGUACAUACUGUUCAUUCAUUCCCCCCUUAUCUAUUUAAGAAACCAGAUGGAGAUGAAUGCCUUUAAUUUUGUAUGUUUGAAAUGCUGACUGAGAAUCAGACGGCUGCUUGGGAGCCUGGACUGUCCACAGCUCCUGGCCUUGGUCAACAACUCCUCUAGCACGGAACUGGCUAUAAAUAUCUAUAAAUAUAGAAUUGCUCUA